GUGCCGGCGGCGGGGCCUCGCCAGCAACGUGCCGAGAUCUCGUCUCUCAAGCGUGCGUUCUCCUUUGCCCGCUCCUCACACCCACCAGCCUCCUCCCUCCAUCAUCAACCCCUCCUUGUCUUGCCGACCUAGCGACAGCAAGUCAUCCAUCACCGCCAUCACCGCCAUCACUGCCAUCACCACCGCAGUCGAGUAGUGCUUUGCAUUGGCGAAGCCUACCGCCCUGAACGCCUGCCACAUGCAACAAACACCCAUCCAUCGCCCUCGACAAAUACCACAACCCACCAAGAUUUAAACCACACCGAGUCGCUGGCCGCGGAGGGCGCAUUCUUCAACACUGCCAUCGCCAUCCAGCCCCACGCUCCCCCAGCGACAACCAUGUCGGCCGUAGCAGGCGUACUGCCCACCGCCUCCGCCCCGACCAACGCCGGGCGCAAGCCAUCGACGUCUACGCCCACCGAUGUCAAGGAAAAAGAGAAGCGCUACAAAUGUCAAUUCUGCAAUCGCGCCUUUUCGCGCUCAGAGCAUCGGUCGCGACAUGAGAGGUCCCACACCAAAGAGCGACCCUUCAAGUGCAUGAAAUGCCGCAGCACCUUCGUCCGCCGCGACCUACUCCUCCGCCACGACCGCACCGUCCACGCCAAAGAUGGCGGUGUGCCACUCCAGAGCGAAGGAAACAAGCGCAAGAACAAGACUGCAUCGCAGCAAAAUGACGAUGCGAACAAGAACACCGACAUGGAUGCUACCGACUUCGAUCAGUUCACCGAUAGCGCCAAUGCCCUCGAUGUCGAGCAGGCCGCCAUGCUGAUGACCAACUUCCAGCAAAAGGCCGCCAUGUCGGGUCAAGACAUCAGUUCCAUCACCACAGAGCCACUCAUCUCAUCGCAUGGGCUGCCAACGAUGAUGGACACCAGCGCGCCUCCCUACCCAGGCUCCAUGACGCUGCCACAGAUGCAAGGCUGGGAUCAAAUGCUGCCACAAACCAUCAGCACUUCGCAGUUGCCCAAAGCCGCGUCUUCGAUCUCAUCAGGCGGUGAAGGCUCCCACGACAUGCUGCCAUUUCCCAAUGCCGCCGCAACACUGGGUGCCUCGAACUCGUCACUGCCACCGCUCAUGGAACGCACCGAAAGCCAACAAGAUGGCCUGCCUUCUUUCAGUGCCUCAUCCAUGAUCGGAGGCCUGUCGCCCAAUGGUCCCUUGUCGCCGUUUCCCAACAUGAUGGGUCCAGUCUCCCCGGUCGACUAUCGCAGGUCACCUGGCCCUGCGCAACAGUGCACCAUGACAAAGGCUCCACAGGUAGCAGGCGAGGACCAGAUGAAUUUGCUUAUCGAGAACAUCCGCCGCUGCGACAGCGAAGAUGCGCUUGUGCAUACCUUCCGCCUUCCCCAGAUGCCCGUGCUCAACCGCUACCUGUCGACCUACUUCAACUUCUUCCAUCAUCACCUGCCAUUCCUCCACCCAGCAUCAUUCAACCCAGCCACUGUGCCGGCACCAUUAUUGCUUGCAGUGCUAUCCAUUGGUGCGCUCUACACUUUCGAGCAGGAUCAGGCAUACAUGCUUCACAUCGGCUCGAAAGUGCUUGUGCAGCAAUUCUUGCAGAAGAAGGAUGACUUCAGCUCACGGAAAUGCCCUCUCUGGAUGAUGCAAGCGUCACUCCUGAACAUGAGCUUCGCUAGUUGGAGUGGAGAUCCAAAAGGUCUUGAAUGGGCAUGCUCGAUCAAGUCGCUUUUGGCGAACAUGGUCGCUGGAAACAGGUACGAGUUGCAAAAGCGCAGCGAGGCACGUGAAGGCCGACAGCCUACCCACGACGAGUGGAUCGAGGACGAAGGCUGCCGGCGGACUUACUAUGCGGUCUACAUCUUCUUUGGCUUGUUGACGCUGACCUAUAACCACACGCCUGCGAUCAGCUUCAACGAGUUCGACACCCUGGAGUUGCCUUCGUCAGAGACUCUGUGGAACCUGGACCCAGCGGACAAUGACAGCUGGAUUGAGAGCUUGACGGCAUCGACCAUCAUCACGUUUCGAGAAGCUCACGACGCUCUGUUCCAAGGCGAGACUGCCCGAUACAGCGCAUUCGCUACUCGUGUGAUGAUUAACGCAUUGUUCCUCGAAGUGUGGUACCACAAGCGUAGCCCGGAAGCUCUCCAGGAUGUUGUCACUGAGUACAAGCUGCGACUUGCUCUGGAGACUUGGGAGAAGUCGCUUGAACAGUGCGAACCUGAAACAGUGGUCGUGCAGCUCAGCGCUCCUCACAAGGGCCAUCCUCUCAUCUUCAACGCAAUGGCGAUGUAUCGCAACACGCGGACCAGGCUCUUGGUCGAUCUGAAGGCCAUCCAGGAGGCACUUCGCUACCACGACUCAUACGAAGUAGCAGCGGCGAUGACACACGCGCGAGAGAAGGUCAAGCGAAGCCAGGAGAUGCUUACUGUAAUCCAGUCGUGCUACGAUUGCAUCGAGGUCGCGGCAUUGCAAGGCAUCCGCUGGGUAGCGCGCACAUCAGCGACAAAUUGGAGCAUCGAGCACCCGCUUUGCGGACUCGACUUGAUCGUCAUCCUCAGUCUAUGGCUCUGGCGUGUCGAACACGAGGAAGAGCCUGCGACCGAGGACGAGAAGGCGAUGUACCAGAAGUUGCGCUCACUGUUCGACGACGACACAGUUGAUGGCUUUGGCCAAAAAUUGAGCUCCACGGUGGCUCGACUAUGGGGUAGCAUGAUCGACGAAGUGGUUGUCUGGGGCAUCACAAAGCUCAUGGGCGAAUCCUUCAAAUUGCACAGCCAGGCGCUCAUCGGAUACGAAGACGCCGUCAUGGCUGAGCAGCAAAACGGCGGCAGCAUCACACCAACGGCUGUGAUUGCGCCACACGCGACAGAAGUCACGGCCUACUAAUACAUACACGAAUUUGACGAAUGCGUUUUUUGAUUCGGGACGGCACUAAUAGAACGAUACCACGCGCUCCAUGCGGCGGCCUAUUGUUCGGACUUUGUAUUUUCUGCUCAAGUCCCACCGGCGUUCACGGGAAAGGAUUACUCUGUAACAGCACACACCUCAUCAGCAACCAGGCAGCAAGCAACCGAGCCAGUUCGAGUUCUUUCUUCCGCGACGCGAGAGCAUACAGAAUGGGAACAGGGCGGACACUGCUUACGCUUUUAUUUCUUCUGGGGAAGGUACUCUGGACCUCACACACAACACAAACCAUCUUAAUAAUUGUUGGACCUUUUCUUUGCCCGGCAUCACCACCUGGCGGAGGUUCGAAAAUGCAAUGACACGGCUGGUCCGUGUGAAGAGGCUGGAUUCCCGAAACACCUUUGGAGAGCGGCAGCACUUGCACAGUGACCGCCAACUCUCCAACUUUUCUCUCCGAGCGCUGCGCCUUUUUUCAUUGGAUCGAAAUCCAUCAGAUACCAUGUUCGUUUAUGCAGCAUUGGGGAUUCUUUGUUAUUUCUGUUUUGCUUUGAGAGAUGUGGAGUGUCUGUCGAUGAUGAAUGUCAUCUUCAAUGCGCUUCCACAGUGGCGCAUACUGGGCGAAUAGAAGGAGCAUAGCGUGGAGAAGAGUUCUUUUUUGCUCAUUCUUUGCUGGCUAUUUUGUUUGAAGGGUUGUACUAUAUGUGUGGGUAUAACAAUUCAGACACAAACUUUGUUCUCGACUCUGAUGAGCUUUCUUCAUUGCUGAUGGUCACCGUAGGAAGGGGAGGAGAUGUUGAGGUCUGCAUAUGAAGUAAUGGGGGCUGGGUGCUGGCGGAGGUGUGAAAACGAGUAAUGUGAAUAGAGUUUCGGGAAAUCUCACCUCCACUCGCGCCUGCUGUCUCGACUUCAUGUUCUUUUGCUCAACAUUCUUCAUAUAUCUAUUUUGUCAUGAAGUCACCACAUUUCCAUCGCCA